CAACCUCCCCUGCACCUUUCUCCUUCUAUCUCUCUUUCCCUCUCUAUCAAUUUUCAGUUUCCCAUAGACAUAUGGUUCCCCUCUUCCUCUCUAGCAUCCAGAUCUGAAUUUAUACAAUCAUGGACACACUUUAAAGACCCUUCCGAUGCAAUGACAGACUUCAAGGAAAAGCGAUGGUGUAGGUUUUUUAAUAUGUUAUUUUAGAAAAUGGGUCCGUGAUCCCGAUUUUGUUAGGAAUUGUUGGGGUAUGUAGAUUGUUAAUUUUGAUUGCCAAGCUUUCAUUUGAGUGAUCAGCUUCUAAAAGGUCAGAGAGGCUGUUGAGUCUUGUAUUUGGGGUUCUUGGGUUUUUCUGGGGCCUCGCGAUUGUUUUGGAGAUGGUUCCCGGUUGGGGUCUUGAUUUUGAUUUUGAAUCGUUGGACGGAUUUGGGAAGUUCUUUAUUGCUGUUCUAAUGGGCUGCAUUGUGGGUCUCUUUUACAUCCCAGCUACGAGGAAUGCUCGUGCCUUUUGGCUUGGAACUGAUCAGAUUCGUUCUAAUUUGUCCAUAAUUUCCUGUGGAUGGUUUGGAAGAAUGCUUCUUUAUGGCAAUUACUUGUUAGUUGUAUUCACUUCCACGCUUUGGGUUGGCCCGUUUAUUGAACUCCUCGUCUGCGAUAAAUCUGAUGGAAUCAAAGGGCUUCAUUCCAAUGGUAGGAACAGAUAUACUGAGGAGUUGAUAGGUAGAUUGGGCAUGUUGCGAUCAGAUUUCUACAAGUUCAGGGUUUGGUGCAUGUUCAGUUCUGGUAUUUUGCAAAUUUUGUCUUUGCGGCCAAAUGUGCAGAUGUUUUUAAAUGAAGCGGUACUGUGUUGGUACCAGAGAUUGCAUGCCAGUAAGGUCCCUGACUUGGAUUAUAGCAGGGCAAAAGUUUUCUUGCACAACCAUUACAUGUUUCUUGUAGUUCUGCAGUUCUUUGCGCCUGCCGCGAUUGCACUUCUCCUUCUUGGAUUAUCCCAUAUUGAUGUUAACUUGCUGGCAGAUUUCAAGUUGCCAUGUAAUCUACUGCCUUGCUCUGCUUUGGUCAAAGAAAUGGCCUUGUUUCUGGCUUGGUGGAUAACUUUUGUUUGGGCUAUAUUUACGUCAGUGAGCCUUACUCUUUAUAGGCGUGGCUUCCUGUUCGUUUCUUGA